CGAACGGAGCGCUCGUCCACUCCUCGUUGCCAGACGAUCCGAAAGAUCUCAGGUCCCGUCCCCAUCGAUGCCCAAGCAGGCGUGUCUGAUAUUUGUCCUAGGAUGCUGUGUCCUAGUUGCGUCCAGUUCCUGGGAAAAAGCAGGAUGCCACAAAGUAGGUCACACGCGGAAGAUCCAGAUUCCUGGAUGCGUGGUGUUCGACGUGACGACCAACGCCUGCAGGGGGUUCUGCCCCUCCUACACCACCCCCUCUCCCGAGUGGAUACUUCGCUCAAACAGAAGGCAGACGCUCUGGUCAGUCGGACAGUGCUGCAACAUUAUGGAAGCCGAAGAUGUCCACGUGGAAGUGAUGUGCCUGGGCGGCAUGAAGCACCUAACCUUCAAGUCAGCUAUCCACUGCUCCUGCUUUCACUGCAAGAAGGAAUGACGACGGUCUGAACGGAUGCUGCUAAUAUUGCU